AGCAUUCAAAUAUAUCCCAUCAAAGUGUCUUAAUACACAGCUCCUCUAAACCCUAGCCAAGCACUUUGUGUUUUGAGAGAGAGAGAAAGCAACAUGGCUCGUUCCAAAAAAGCCUCUGCUUCACUUGCCCUAUUCCUCUCGCUAAACAUUCUUUUCUUUUCUCUUGUAAGUGGUUGUGGCUCAUGCCCUGGCGGUGGUGGUAAAGGUGGCAGCGGAGGCGGUGGUGGUAGAGGUGGAGGCGGUGGUGGUAGAGGUGGCGGCGGCGGUGGCGGUAGAGGUGGUGGGGGCGGUAGCGGUGGCGGUGGUUCUGGUGGAGGAGGUUCUGGGGGCGGCGGCAGUGGUGGUUCAGGGGGUGGUGGUGGAACUCCAAGCCCUUCCACCGGCGGUGGUGGCAGUGGCGGUGGCGGCAGUGGCGGUGGCGGCGGCACAGCAACAUGCCCUAGGGAUGCCCUUAAGUUGGGGGUGUGCGCUAAUGUUCUUGGAGGGUUGAUCAACGCCACCAUUGGAAGUCCUCCGGUGACUCCUUGCUGUACUCUUAUCCAAGGGCUUGCUGACCUUGAGGCUGCCGUGUGCCUUUGCACCGCCAUUAGAGCUAACAUUCUUGGAAUCAACCUCAACAUCCCCAUUUCGCUCAGCUUGCUUCUCAACGUUUGCUCCAGAAAUGCUCCACGUGGAUUCCAGUGUUCCUAAGCUAGCUACCUACCUACCAACGUACGUACCACAAGUACUAAAGAUUCAAUGAUUUCUUCUUCCUAUUUCUCUUAAUAAUAACUAGCCUUUUGGGUUUUAAGGAUAUGAUCAACUUUAUAUAAUUAUUGCUUCAUGAUUGAUUUCGUAAGUAAGUGUUACUUCUUGUAUCACGUGAUGGUUAUUAGCGUGUGUGUUUAAUUGUACGUGGAAAUAUCCCAUUUCCUUUCUUGUUUAUGGCUUUGUUUGAUUUGUGGGUGAUAUUCAAUAAGUUUACACAUAUGUUUACUUUGUGUUAAAUUAUGUAACAUCAUCAUUAAUUAUGAUCGAAUGAUAAUUGUCUCUUUCUUUCUUUUU